UGGAAGCAUUGAGAAAGGGCCAACGGAUCUUUCGUUCCGCUUGCUCUCAACAGAACAAUUUAGUUAAAACCGAACGUGGCUGUGAAGCAGUCGACAUCUGGGCGUGUGCAUUAUUUCACUUCACAAAGUAUACAACAUCUUCGCAAUAUUACCUCCAUCAAAUAUACGAUUAUUUGAGAGAUUCCGUCUGGGAGCUGAUUAUUUUUUCCAGUUUUCGUCUCAUGAUUGACACCAUGUUUGACACAUACGCGCCAUUCCUGUCGGCCUAUUGGUCGCAUAUACUCGCCAUCAUCAUUGGAUUCGUCGUAGCGAGCUUUGUACGUAUAACCCGUGAUCGAGAUGGGUCCCGAUCAGCCAAACAAUUGGGAAAGAACUGUGAUCACCCUGUCAAAGAAAAUAACAACGUUGCUGAAUUACGCUCUGUUGCGAAUGGAGACAUCGAUCGCCUUGUCGAUGCACAAACGAAACUUGAAUCGUGCGAACCAACCGAUGUUGACGACACUGGAGAUAAUGAUGUGGACGUUGACUGGGAAGCACUGGCCUCAGGAGGGCGUCACAUACCGUAUGGUUUACCGCGUUACAGUGACGACGAGAUGACGCAGCGGUCAGAGAAAUUUUACCACGACAUGAAUCAACGGCGUUCCGUACGAAUGUUCUCUACAGAUCCAAUACCAGCAGCGGUCAUUGGGAAUCUUAUAAGGACUGCAGGAACUGGUCCUAGUGGGGCGCACACGGAACCAUGGACCUUCGUGGCUGUGAAAGAUACAGAUCUCAAAGAACAGAUAGCAACGAUCAUUGAAGCAGAAGAAAAAAUUAAUUACGAGAAAAGAAUGGGUCAAACCUGGCUUGAUGAUCUCAAAAGCGUAGGAACUUCAUGGAGGAAGCCAUAUCUCAAGACUGCUCCUUAUCUCAUUGUUGUCUUCAAACAGUCAUAUGGGUUUCGAGCUGAUGGAAGAAGAAAGACGCAUUAUUACCAUGAGACGAGUGCGGGCAUAUCUGUGGGACUCCUACUCGCUGCUAUUCAGAAUGCUGGUUUGGUUACUCUAACAAGCACCCCGAUGAAUGCUGGACCCAAACUGCGUGCUCUACUACACAGACCAGUUAAUGAAAAGGUGCUACUACUUCUACCCGUUGGCUACCCUGCUAAAGAUGCUACCGUUCCUGAUUUUAAACGCAAACCAUUGGAUCAAAUUCUCAUCGUCAAAUGAAGAGCAUACAAUUUACAGUUUGCAUAGUACGGGGGAUCAUUUUAAAAAAUGCGAGCGAGCUAAAAAGUUUUUUUUUUUUAGUACAAACCCCUAAUAUUGUUAUAGAUUUUGGCAUAUCAUUCGGAAAGUCGUAUAAUUUCUCACCAUUUUCGUUCCCUUUUCUUUCUUUUUAUCACUUUCUUUUUCUUGGUCAUGAAAUUUGUGUGGCCCUCAAGCCCCCCCCCCCCCCCCCACACACACACAUCUGUAUGCCAAUGAAUAAUUAGGUUCUGUUAAAAGUGUGUAGCGGCCGUUAUGAUAGGUCUCAUCGUUUGAAUGUUGCCAAAUAUGUUUGCUAACUUUGACGGUUUUACAUUUUUAGGAUCUUUUCUAAUUAGAUGGUAUAACGCUGCCCAGUAAUGGUUGCCUUGUUAAUGUAAACGACCGAAUUCGCCAAAGUUGUGACCGAAAGCCGGAAAGUGGUUUUUAACUAGAGCUACAACUUUAAUGUUUAAAGACUUAAUAUUGGCAAUCAAUUUCAUUGACAAAUCCAGAGGUGACGGGCGGGCCUCAAUCUAUUUAUUAUACAAGAAAAAAUGCACUGUGCGCUCGUACUAUAGGAUGUUGAUAUUAAGAGUUUAAUAAGCAUGCAUCUAACAGGUAAAUGUUUUAUGAAGUGAAAUUAACAUCUUGCAAAAAUUGGUAAUAUCUGCUUAUACUAAUUCUGUAUUCCCAUAAUACUGCCCUCAUCGGUAAAAUAUAGAGAAUGCCGUAUGCCACCUAUCCAUGGUUCUCAAUGACAGGUCAUGAUUAUUGCCAGGAAUUUCGCUAUUAGUGCUGAGAUUAAAUAUUUACGUGAAUCUGAUGGUAUUCGUUGUUUGGUCGCUAAGUUGACAAAGUUGGCUGAUAUCCACAAUGUAAGUGCCCAGAUAACAUCCACGUCCCAUAACAUUUUAAAAUUUAGGAAUAUAUUUUGUAAAAAUUUGAACACAAUAUUAUGAAUAUGAAUGUAAGUUUCAUGAUAAAACAGAAAGAAAUGCGUCUUUGAAUUUCAAAUAGUCAGAUUAUUUAUUGUAUUAUCAUAAUUAGGGCAGAUAAUAUACCAUCUACCUCAUCUACCUCUUUCAAGCUGAAAUGUUAUUAGACUCAUCCUUAAUCAUGAUGGGUUGCUAAGGCUUAUUUCAUCUAUCCAUAAAAUAUAUUGCAUUGUUACAUCUUCUUAUGACAAUUUUAAAAAGCCUAUUAAGAUUUCUUUAAAAUAACAUGACUAUUCUAGAUUUAUUACUAGAUAGACAUAUGCAUCUUAUUUAAAUGUACGAAGUUCUCAUACCCUUCCUUUAAAUUGUAAAUAUUAGCUCUUUUAUUAUCACAAUGUGUGUUACUGUUAUCUUGUAAUUUUUACUGUAUAUCAUGUCCAAAAUAGGUUUGCUGGGAAAGUUUCAUUGUAUUGUAAUUACAAUUUAUGGCUUUCAACCCAGUAAAUAAGAUUGCAUUUAUCGAUCUAUCUUUUUUCUGGCUUACAGAUAGAUCGAUCAAUGCGAUCAUAAGGGUUGAAAGCUUUUGUAUUUACAAUACAUGUAUAAUGUUAAAAUAGUUUUAACAAAAUUGUCUUUACAGUUGUUUAAAGAUGAGUGUGAAUAUUUUAGAACGUGAUUGAAAUAAAUACUAGUACACUAAAGAAACAUUUAAAAAAAAUAUGCAUAAUCAAGGUAUAUUAUUGGUGGUCUUGAGUACAUCAUUAUUUUUAUAUUUCAAUCAACACGAGUGACGAAAUGUAAUGUAGUAUCAUAACUAAAUUCAGCAUUUAAAAAAUUACUGCCGAUAUAACAAAUUCCUGAAUUGGAUUGCUAUGACGACCCGUAUUUCUUUCUAUUCGGUCAAAGUUAAUGUAGCCAUAUUGACUUUCAAAUUCGACUUUCAGUU